AUUAAAAAAUCAGAAUGACUCUAUGAGAUUUCGGGCAUUGAAAAGCAUCUGCAAGGGAGACUGGCCCUAGCAUUGCGAUAUAUACUUGCUGUACUGUCCAUAGUCGAGUCAGUCUAUUCGUGUCGCCAAACACGUUUCUUUUCCUCCGUGUCUAAAACACUUUUAGCCUAAAGCCCUUUCUUCUUAAACUUAAACCCUGCAACUUCAUAGCUUCAUUUCUCAAAGGAAUUUUUGUUUUUUAAACAUGAAUUUAAUUUGAAAUGAUUUCUCUUUCGUUUCCCCAAUCCCUGUCUCUAUGCUUCGUCCUUCUCACGGGCUUUCAUGUGAAGAACUUGCAUAUUGCUUUCCCUUAAUCAUUCAACUAUCACGUUACAAGAGCAGGAAUAAGCAUAACAUUGGUUUGCUUGUCGGUGAUUUGAAGUAUAGGAGAACGUAUUCUAGCCAGAAUCUACUUGAGCCAGUUAGUGAAGGGCUCAUAAGCAGUAGUCAAUUUCUGAAUCAUCCUCAAAGAAGUUCAAGUCAGUCUAGUUGUUAUCAGAAAUUUGCACCUGCUGAAACUUAUUCUAUUCUUAGGUCCAGUAGUCUUCAGCACUGGUUCAAAAAUUGGCAAGAAAAGAGAAGGCAUAAAUUGACCGCAAGCACAUUUGCUGGGGCUAUAGGCUUUUGGCCUUGUCGAAGGGCCCAGCUCUGGCUAGAGAAACUUGGGGCAAUUGAACCAUUUUCUGGUAACUUGGCUACCUGUUGGAGCAAUAUAAAAGAAGAGGAAGCACUUGAAAGAUACAAAUUGAUUACUGGAAAUACAGUUGCUUUUCCUGAAUUUCAGGUUUAUGGUAAGAUGAACCCAGAAGACAGUUGGUUAGCAGCUUCACCUGAUGGUUUAGUGGACAGGUUUGUUUAUGGGUUACCUCUUAGAGGAGUAUUGGAGAUAAAGUGUCCAUUUUUUUGUGGAGAUAUGAGCAAGGCUUCCCCUUGGAAGCGAAUACCCCUUUAUUGUAUUCCACAAGCUCAGGGUUUAAUGGAAAUCAUGGACCGGGAUUGGAUGGAUUUCUAUGUUUGGACACCUAAAGGAAGCAGUUUGUUUCGGAUAUAUCUAGAUGUAGAAUACUGGGAGGUUCUCAAAUUGGCGCUCUCUGAUUUUUGGUGGAAGCAUGUUCAACCAGCAAAAGAAAUCUGCAGUAAAUAUUUGAUCACAGAUCCCUUCAGAGAAUUAAAAUCACUAAGGCCAACAGCCAGGCAUGAAUUAUGUAGCUAUAUAGUUUAUGAAAGCAAACGUGUUGUUGAUAAUUCUAAUUUAUUGAUGUGUGAAAUAAAUGGAGAACUGCAAAACUGAUUUGAUGAGUGAGAUAUUGAAUUUUAAACCAAGUCUAACUUAUUUCUGGAAAUGCUUUCUCUGAGGUUUGAACAGUUAUUGAGAAUUUCAGUUACCAUGAGUUCUCUCCUAGGAAGAUCAAGGUUGGAAGUUUUGGUUCAAAAUAGUUGUUAACCUGGAUGCAUGGAAUUACCAUUAGGUGCCAUUCUUCCUUUAGUUGGACAAAGUUGAAUGCAUAGGGCUGCUAAAAGAGUUCCUACGAACCUCAGCUGAUAAGGCAAUAUUGAGAAAUAAGGAAGGCCUAGGCCAUGUUGCUAAAUGGGUUCAUCUGAAGUUUGUGAUCCAUCAUGCUUUUGAUUGCAUGAUAAUGUGUUUUCCUACAGUGCUUAAAUUGGCUUGGGAUAAAAUGUUAAGGUGGUUCUUGGUUGAAUUUGGUUCACUUUUGUCAUGGAGGUUGGACACCAAAAUCAUCUAAGCAUGAUUUCAAAUACAGUUCUUGUAGGAAUGAUUCUAGUAAAGCAGGUCUACAUGGUUGUAGAGAUUUCUUCAUGAGAGGUCAGCCUUGAUAUGUUUGGUGAUCCUUCGGCUCUUCCGAUUCCUCCCGUAACAAUUGAUUCUUUUUUGUUGUUUGGAUCUGGACUUGUCAUAAUAAUAAACGAGUAGCAUUAAAAGCGGACAGGAAACCGCAUUCCGGUCGGGACCUGCAAUAUUUUAUUUAAGUCUUCUUUCAAGUUCUAUUUUACUUGCAAUUCAUGUUCAACAUUCAUAUCAUAUCCUAUGCUCAACAAGUUAUGGCUGUGUUAGGAUUCCUGACAGAAAGUUCCUAACUUUUAAUAUUUCAUUCACAGCCUCUAGGUGAUGGUUGCAUCUCCCUUGGUUUUAUUCAUCAAUCAAAUUACUCAUGAAAGUUAAGAAUAAAGAUUUAGAUGUCGGCCUGAAGUUCACAACUGUGACAAAUUGGGAGAAAGGCUACAACCCAAUUCAGUUACUUUCUUUUUCUCUUUUUAUUUUCAU